UCAAAUAGAUUUUCGAAUUUUUCAAGAUCUACUUCUGUACGGAAAGACUAUGUAUUUUAUAUGGACAUACUAGUUUCGUACUAAGUAUAAUACACAGUAUAUACUAAGUUUGUACAUAGUAGAUAGCCGGCCGGGUAGCCAGCUAUGUUUGCCAACUGUUAACACCUGGUCAGCCGGGUACUGCCAACUUACCAAAGAUGGCUUGCCAGUGCGUGGGAGAAAUGUGAGGUUAGGUGGUUGACCAGGGAUUACAAAACUUCCUCAAAUGUGUGUUUGGAGCCUAAAUCAAUAAAAUUAUUACUCAGUGAAUUGUCUAAAAUGAGCAGGAGUUUGCUGUUGAGAGUACAAUCAACAUAUAGGCGGAAUUUAUCCCUGAGCAAUCUGAGACUCUUCACAACAUCCAGGAUCCAAAAUACCCCCAAAGAUAACCAGAAACACCAUCAUAGGACCAAUGACACCUCAUCAUCUACCUGGAGAAUAUAUGGCAUAGCCCUGGGAAUCAUUUCCAGUGCGAUAGGAAUUAGCAGUUACCUGAGAAAAAGAGAUGACGCAAGCAUCUUUCCGACCGUUCUGGCAGCUACCAAAAUGCCUCCUUCUGGCCGCCGGAAAGAAUUCAAUGUGAUUGCAGAUGUUGUAGAUAUAGCUGCUCCUGCAGUGGUAUACAUCGAGAUUAAGGAUACCCGAAGAUAUGACUUCUUUUCCGGACAACCUCUGACAGCCUCAAAUGGAUCAGGAUUUAUCGUAGACCCAGACGGGCUGAUCCUCACAAAUGCUCAUGUUGUGAUCAACAAACCCUACAGCAGAGUCCAGGUGAGACUUGCAGAUGGGAGAACAUUUCCAGGAGUCGUUGAGGAUGUGGAUUCCGUGUCGGAUUUGGCAACUGUGAGGAUAUCCUGCAAGAAUUUGCCCACAAUCAAACUCGGAGAGUCUUCGAAUCUCCGAGCAGGAGAAUGGGUGGUAGCCCUGGGAAGUCCUCUAGCUCUGAGUAACACUGUCACCGCCGGAGUGGUGAGUUCAACGCAGAGAGCAUCAGAAGAAUUAGGCCUAAUUGGCCGCGAUAUCAACUACAUCCAGACAGAUGCUGCCAUCACCUUCGGCAAUUCCGGUGGGCCCCUGGUCAAUCUUGAUGGAGAAGCGAUAGGAAUCAAUUCAAUGAAAGUCACUGCCGGGAUCAGCUUCGCUAUCCCAAUCGACUACGCCAAGAAAUUCCUCAAUCGUGGCAAGGAGAGGAUCAAAAAAGGUGGUCAGAAGGCUACUCCACCUCAUCGACGAUACAUGGGCAUCACUAUGAUCUCCAUAACUCCCGACAUCCUCCAAGAACUCAGACAUCGCAGCCAUCCUGUUCCCAAUCACAUCACGAGCGGUGUUCUCGUGUGGAAGGUCAUCCUGGGCUCUCCAGCUCAUGCUGGAGGCCUCAAUCCUGGAGAUAUCGUCACGGAAAUCAGUGGAAAACCCGUGAAGACAUCCUCAGACAUCUACGAUGCCCUCACAGAGCCCGGGAAGGACAUAACAAUGGUAAUCUUUCGAGGUCUAGAAAAACUUCAUAUUACCAUCCGUCCAGAAGAUCCCGAAUAGAUGACAUCCGGCUGAGAGGUUUUGGGGUGAGUUCAGAGAGUUCAAAGUCGUUUUAUUCUUACAAUAAAAUUUCCAAUUUAAUUGGUCAAAAA